AAGAUGUGCUACGCUUCUGUCAGGAAGCUGUUUAAGCUGACGGCAUUGGAGGAACUUGCGCGGGCUGCUGGCUGGUUAGCUAGCUGGCUAGCUAGCUUACCUUCUCAAGAAGGCACAAGUGGCUUACUAAUGUUUGGGAACUUGUAAUUAAUGCUCCGCGCUUUGCGAAGCGUUUACGGGAGGUUACAACGUGGAAUUAUAACUCGUUUUCUAGAACUAUACAGGCAUGGCGGCACCCCGACCCAUAAAAGGAAUUCUGAAACACAAGAGUGACCGGAGCUGUGCCAAGACGCGACCCGAGGAGCAGCCGAUUGAAAGUUUGGAACGAGAAGAUGACGAUCAACAAAAGAAAUCACAAAAGUGGGACGAAAUGAAUAUCUUGGCCACGUACCACCCUGCCGGUAAGGACUACGGUUUAAUGAAAAUUGAAGAGCCCAGCACACCUUAUCAUAGAUUGGCAGGAGAUGAGGAAGAAGGGUCUGUCAGUGAUUCUGAAUCAUACGAACCCCUCACUGCUGAUGACCUUGUCAAAAAGCUGGCAGCAGCUGAAGGGUCGCAACCGAAGAUUUUUAUGAAGGAAGAUGAUGAAGAUAGUGAGGAAGAAGAAGAAGAAGAGGAAGAGCUAUCGCCAGAGGAGCAGGCAAAAAAGAAACAAUUUGAAAUGAAAAGAAAAAUGCAUUAUAAUGAAGGCUUGAACAUUAAACUAGCCAAACAGCUUAUUGCCAGAGAGCUUGAAGAAGAUGAUGAGGAUGAGGAUCAGGAUGAGGAAAUGAAGGAUGAGACUGAAGUAGAUAAUGCACACAUGGACCUUCCUCAAGAUGAAAAUGGCGAAUAGCUUGAAUCACAUGAUUCCUAGAAGAUGACUGCAUCCCUGCCCUGCUUGACUGGCACAGUGCUGGAAGUGAGGACACACUGCUUCACAGCGUUGCCUUCCAUGUCUCUGUAUAAUGGAUACUGAUGAUGCAUAUCAAUCGGUUACUUGUUCUGUUGCCAAAAUUAUAAUGGCUAUCUUAAUUGUACAGCAAAGCAAGGGAAGUGACUAUUUUAGCACCUCUGAUUGUGCGCAAGUCCAUCUUAUUCAUUUGAGUGUCAGUGCUGUUUCUAGCCUAGGAGCAGAAGCCUUGAGUUUUUUUUGUUUUUGUAUGGAUGCUCUGAUUUGUUUGGGACACUCUGUAUGAGAUUAUGAGAUUUUCAAGGGAUGGGGGUUGGGUGAAAUAUAGGGAACUGAUGAAAUUUUAGUAAUUUUCAGAUAACCUGAAUGGAAUGAAUAAAAAGCACAGUUGUCCCAAUCUAUUUUAUGAUUUUAUUGUUUUGAAAGUAUUUUUCAUUAUUCUGUCUAAAUGUAAAAGAUUUUAUGCAUUAGGCAUUGAAAGUGCGGUCACACCUUAUAUAUUCUGUAGAUAUGGCACUGAGAUGUAUUUCUGACUCAGUAUUAGAUUAAUACUGCUAAAAGGGUGAUUUGUAUUGAACCUGCUGUAAACUCCUGGUAAGUGUCAGCACACCACAUUAUGCAGCACUCUUGUAUUCUCCUUCUCAAAGACUCGACUAGACUCCCAUCCUUCAGACUGUUAAUAAAGGUGUUGCACUUAAGUUGGAA